CUCUGAUUCACUCACACUCACAGUUCGUGUCGAGGACAACAACUCACUACCUCUGUUUCUAUCUGCCCGGGAUUCUGAAUCACUUAACUACAUAGAAUCAUUUCAGCACCAUGACCAGAUAUAAUUUCAUCCUAUGUAUAUUCAUAUGACAUGAAUUGAACUUUUCGCUGCUAUACUUGAGGCGAAACUGUAGGCAGCUACAACAGCUCUAUUUGCAUUGACUCCACUAAGCCAAAAUGACUUCAUCGUCUAACAAUGAGACCAGGAUUGAUAUGUCAGAAUCUCUGGAAGUCUGCGAAUUCCAGAGACAAUAUGGAGAUCCGGGUGGUUACUACAAAUCCAAAAGCCUGCCCGUUCUUAACGGAGACUGUCCUAACUUUAAUGAGUCGUUGGAACCAAGGCUGGUCAAUACGACGCAGACUUUAGUAAAUACCAACCAGUGCUUGGCGUUCACCGAGCUGCGACAGAAAGGAGACUUGUGUGAACUGGAAUCACCCACCAGGACAGAUUUCUCCCCUUCCAUGUCCAGUAUGGUGGGUUUAAGUAGCUCCAUGAGAACUGAAGCCAACCGAGCAGGUGGCAAAAAAAUAGGCUUUUCGCUGGCAAGAUUCAUCCGCUUUCCUGCGAGAAAGUACAUGAGGGUGAUUCUGUCAGACUCUAGGUGUUUUCUGUUCUGUAUGUGUUACCUGACGUUCAUCCAGUCGUUGAUGGUCUCGGGCUACCUUAGUAGUGUCAUCACCACUAUAGAGAAGAGAUACAGCCUUAGAAGUUCAGAAUCGGGACUGUUGGUUAGCUGCUUUGACAUUGGAAGUCUUUUGGUGGUGGUCUUCAUCAGUUAUUUCGGCGGUCGAGGCCAGAGGCCACGCUGGCUGGCGGUAGGAGGGGUGUUCAUCGCCGUGGGUGCAGCUCUGUUCUCCCUUCCGCAUUUCAUCUCUCCAUCUUAUCAAAUCCAAGAUGUCAAUUCGUCCACGGGGAAUGAGGGCCUGUGCUCGAAUGGGAUUGGGAGCAGAAAGGAUGCUCUGGAUGUGUCGUCCUGUCCAAGGGACCAAGAGGGCAACGAUCACUCUAUAUAUGUUGCCCUGUUCAUCUGCGCCCAGGUCCUGGUGGGCAUGGGAUCCACUCCUAUCUACACGCUUGGACCAACGUACCUGGAUGAUAAUGUGAAGAAGGAGAAUGCUUCCCUCUACCUUGCUAUUAUGUAUUUGAUGGGGGCCCUGGGGCCAGCUGCGGGGUACCUGCUUGGAGGUGUUCUGAUCGGCUUCUACGUGGAUCCAAAAACAGUCAUCAACAUUGAGCAAAAUGAUCCACGCUUUGUUGGCAACUGGUGGAGUGGUUUCCUACUCUGUGCUUUCGCCAUGCUGUUGGUCAUCUUCCCCAUGUUCACAUUCCCCAAAAAACUUCCCCCUCGACACAAGAAAAAGAAUGGGGCAGACAGCACCUCCAAUGAUGAUGAUGUCCUGAAAGAAAAAUCCAACAACAAAGACCAAACUGUGGCAUCCUCCAUGGGCUUUGGGAAGGACAUCAAAGACCUCCCCAAGGCUGCCAUAAGGAUCCUCAGCAACAUGACGUUCCUGUUUGUGAGUCUGUCCUACACAGCUGAGAGCGCCAUCGUCACUGCCUUCAUCACCUUCAUUCCCAAGUUCAUCGAGUCUCAGUUUGGAAUCCCAGCCUCCAAUGCCAGCAUAUACACAGGGGUCAUUAUCGUGCCCAGUGCAGGGGUUGGCAUUGUACUGGGUGGCUACAUCAUAAAGAAACUUAAGCUUGGAGCUCGCGAGUCCGCCAAGCUGGCCAUGAUCUGCAGUGGGGUGUCUCUUCUGUGCUUCUCCACGCUCUUCAUUGUGGGCUGUGAGAGCAUAAACCUGGGUGGGAUCAACAUCCCUUAUACUACAGGGCCGACACUCACUCUGACCCACAGAAACCUGACGGGAGGCUGUAAUGUGAAUUGUGGCUGCAGGAUCAACGAGUACGCUCCUGUUUGUGGCUCAGAUGGCAUCACAUAUUUCAACCCCUGCCUGGCGGGAUGCAGCACUGUUGGAAAUGACAGCACCGGGAUCAGAAACUACACAGACUGCGCAUGUGUGCAGAGCAGGCAGGUCAUCACACCACCCACCAGCGGCCAAGGCAACCAGCUGCAGCUGGUCAUCGUGAAGACCUACCUGAACGAGAAUGGAUUUGCUGUGUCAGGGAAGUGUGAUCGCACUUGCAACACACUCAUCCCCUUCCUCAUCUUCCUCUUCAUCGUUACACUCAUCACAGCUUGUGCACAGCCCUCCGCCAUUAUUGUCACUCUCAGGUCAGUAGAAGAGCAAGAACGACCGUUUGCUUUAGGAAUGCAGUUUGUGUUGCUAAGAACUCUGGCCUACAUUCCCACACCAAUCUACUUUGGUGCGGUGAUUGACACCACCUGCAUGCUCUGGCAGCAGGACUGCGGUGUUCACGGCUCUUGCUGGGAGUAUGAUGUCACUUCCUUCCGCUUCGUGUACUUUGGCCUGGCCGCCAGCCUCAAGUUUGUGGGCUUUGUGUUCAUAUUCCUCACCUGGUACUCAAUUAAAUACAAAGAGGACCGUCUAGAGCGCUGGCAGCGGCAUCUGCCUCCUCUGGGCACCGUCAGUGAUCUCAUCUGUCACGUGGGAGGCCACAAGAGCCACGCUCGUACCUGCUCCUGCCCCGUUUUCACACCCCGUCCCGAGCCCCCUGACCAGCCACCGCUCAACCGCGGACUCUGCAGCCAGAGCUGCCCCGGAAAUGCCCUCAAAGCAAUAACCCCACCUGCCCACUCGCUAAAGGAAAUGCACAUCUAAGGAACGUGCGCCCCGACAUCUGCCUCCACGUGCCUUCCUGUCGGGUGCCUCCGUGUGGCUUUCAGGGGCUUGCUGCGCUCCCUGAUCUCAGUGUCACCAGUACAAACUCACAGCAAAUACAGGUUGUGAAAAAUCAUGGAGUAUUUGCUGUCGAAGUGUAUGGAAGACAUCUCAUGGUGCUAAAUGAGGAAUAGAGAGGACAUUUCUCUGUAUCCAAUCUUGGUUUCCUAUUAUAUCAAAGACAAAGGUCCACAAGCACAAAAGUAUAUCAGUACUAUGCAACACCGUACCGCAUUACAGCCUCCAGGCAGAUGCUUUAUACUCUAUUAUCAUUAACAACAGCAGAACAUCUCACAUGGUUUUUAUGAACAGGUCUGUCAAAAAAAAAUCACCUCAAAAUGGUGUUAUCAAUUCGCUUCCUGUUAGUUGGAGGGUUUGGUUAUCGUGAGUGUGAUUUGGGUAGUAUUUAAGGAGCUUUACUAGAACUUUCAGCCUCCUCCAGAUGGAUCACAUAGUGUUGCAUGUAAAUUCAGUGCCUCAGAUUGCGCCAUCAGCAGUGAGGUCUGCUGGAUAACAUGCUGAGCACUGAGUGGACUGCUAAAAUGCAUUUGGAGAAGGACUUUGAAGCCUUGUCUUCUCAGUCUUCAUCUUCAUAAACAUUCUGUCUGUUCAAUGAUUGACUCUCAAAUGACCAUAUGUGUUUUGUUGCAUACUGCGGGGUCAGAUGUUCAGUGGUAUAGUAUCAGGUCUCAAAGAAGUCAGGCUUUGGUCAGAUCAAUUUGAUGGAUUUUUUUUGGCGAAUCCAUAUUCAAACUGGUUUAGUUUUUUGUAAGUGUGAACAAAAACACAUGAAACCUGAAGUUUAAAAACCUAAU